GGACCCUCCUCAGGGACCCGCCUGCCCCACACCGACCGGCCCUGCCGGGCCCUCCGCACCAGGUGCCCCAGCCGCAGCCUUACCUGCGGGCUCCAGAAUCCCCAGGGCUUCUAGAGGAUGCUCGGGCCACCGACAGGGACCUCGGGGCAGCAGUGAGGGGGGGCACCCAGCCCCCCAUUCAGCUCCUGUCCUUCUGUGCCAGGGGCUCCCCCGGGGUACGAGCAUGGUGGUUUUCCCUUGGAGCCCCCUGGCUUGGUACGUCUGAGAAGAUGCCUGCCAUGAGGCUGUUCACUUGCUUCCUGCAGCUCCUGGCUGGGCUGGCCCUGCCUGCUGUGCCCCCCCAGUGGGCCUUGUCUGCUGCGAACGGCUCGUCAGAGGUGGAAGUGGUGCCCUUCCAGGAAGUGUGGGGCCGUAGCUACUGCCGGGCCCUGGAGAGGCUGGUGGACAUCGUGUCUGAAUACCCCGGCGAGGUUGAGCACAUGUUCAGCCCGUCCUGCGUCUCCCUGCUGCGCUGCACGGGCUGCUGUGGUGAUGAGAACCUGCACUGUGUUCCAGUGGAGACGGUCAAUGUCACCAUGCAGCUCCUGAAGAUCCGCUCUGGGGACCGGCCCUCCUACGUGGAGCUGACGUUCUCUCAGCAUGUGCGCUGCGAGUGCAGGCCUCUGCGGGAGAAGAUGAAGCCAGAAAGGAGGAGACCCAAGGGCAGGGGGAAGAGGAAGAGAGAGAAGCAGAGACACACAGACUGCCACCUGUGCGGUGAUACUGUUCCCCGGAGGUAACCAGCCCCUCGGAGGAGAGAGACCCCACACCCAGCUCGUGUAUUUAUUACCGUCACACUCUCAGUUACCUCCCUGCUGGCACCUGCCCUCUAUUUAUUAGCCAAUUGUAUCCCUGCUGAAUGACUCACUCCCUCCAAGAGGAGGGGCAGGGAGGGACAGGACCCUCAGGAAUUCAGUGCCUUAAACAGAACGUGAGAGAAAGACAGAAGACAGACCCAUGUGGCUUCAGCUUGGGAAGAAGCAAGACGUGUGGCUUUGUGAGGGGCAGGCCAGGCCCCAGAGGCUCCGGGGGUCACCAGGGGGCUGGAGAGGGAAGGACUGGAGACCCACCGCCUGCCCCCCGGCCUUGGGCUCUGCAUGGACCAGCAGCCCUUGCUGGGGGAGCUCGUGGCCGGGGUGGGAGUGGAGAAGCCUGCUCCCACUGGCCCUGCUGGGAGGGUGAGCAGGCAGCAGCUCUGCACCCUCUUCCUGGCAGCAGCUCUACCCCUGGAGAUCAGAACAUUCAGCUCUGGAGAACAGUGGUUGCCUGGGGGCCUUGGCCACUCCUUGUCCCCUAGGUCUGGCCUCACAUCUUGCCACUGCUUGUGCUGGGACAUUGUUCUUUACGGCUAAGGCGUCACCAUCCUGCCCCUCCCAGGGACACAGGCAAAGAGCGGCCCCAGACUGGACAUGGAGCAAGCUGCCCCCGCGUGGCUGU